GUCGGUGCUCCGAAGAUCCUUUCCUGUGACCGUGCAGCUGCAGUGCGUCCAUGAAGGACGCGUUGCUAACUGCUUUCUGCAGAUGUCCGACUGAAACAAGCUGGCAGCGAAUGUGCGUUGGAAACUUGUUCCCACCACCAUGUAUCUCUGCGGAAUUUCCCGUGCCCCGUAUUAUUACUUGGCCAAAACAUGGAAGGUUAUGCCCCUUUGCCAACAUCUACCUGGCUCUGUGCGGGCUCCAUCACGAUGGAAGCACUCUGACUCUCGACAGUACAAGGCUGUGAUAUUUGACAUGGGUGGCAUUCUGGUACCGUCUCCAAACAAGUUAGCUGCUGAGUGGGAGCAGCGGAAUGGUCUCCAAGCUGGAUCAAUCUGGCGGGCUAUCUUGUCUGGAGGGAAACACAUUGCAUGGGACCAGUGCCUGCGGGGGGAACUGACGCUUGAGGAGUUUAUAAAAGUGUGCAACAAUGAGCUGGGGUCUCCUAAUCAAACUUCUGAUUUAGUUAAAUCUUACUUACUAGUAAUGGCAAAUCACCAGAGUGAUUGGACUCGCUCUCCAAUGAGAGAAGUGGUUCAGUGCAUCAGGGCAGAGGGACUGCAAACUGCUGUACUGACGAAUAACUUUUGGUUCAAAGGCCAGAGUUUCUUACCCUUGGAGAAAAACCUUUUUGACGUGAUCGUUGAGUCAUGUCGGGAAGGAGUUUCCAAACCGAGCCCUGGAAUUUACAAACUCUGUUUGGAACGAUUGAAGGUCUGUCCUGAAGAGUCAAUUUUUCUUGAUGAUCUUGGACAAAACCUGAAAACAGCGGCCCAGCUUGGGAUCAGCACCAUUAAGGUUGCAGAUAUAGCCACAGCUGUUCAGGAGCUGGAAUUAAUGUUGGGGUUCCCGUUGCAUGGCUACAUUAAUGGGACAAAGGCUGUUCGCGAGGGCAUGGAAAUUCCUACUGACAGUCUAAAUAAGUAUCUCCAGACGACUCUGGGGCUAAGUUCAGAAGAGCCACUGCUCCUUCGUCAGUUCAGUCAUGGACAAUCUAAUCCUACAUACUAUGUGCAGAGUGGUGUCCACCAGCUGGUCCUGAGAAAGAAACCACCCGGAAAACUACUGAAGUCAGUACAUGCAGUGGAAAGAGAAUACAGGGUGAUGAAGGCUCUUGGAGCUGCAGGAGUUCCUGUUCCUGGGACACUUGCCAUUUGCGAGGACCCCAUGUUCUUGGGGACUUCCUUUUAUCUGAUGGAAUACUGCCCAGGAAGAAUAUUUAUGGACCCAACCUUGCCAGGAUUAACCAUCAACCAGCGAAGAGACAUUUACAAAGCCAUGAAUCAUGUUCUAUGCCAGAUUCACAAGGUUGAUAUCCAGGCUGCUGGAUUGGAGGAUUAUGGAAAACAUGGCAAUUACAUUGAGCGCCAAGUUGACAAGUGGACAAAGCAGUAUCGAGCAAGUGAAACUCAUGUUAUUCCAGCAAUGGAACAACUCAUAAAGUGGCUUCCACAACGCCUUCCAAAGCAGGAAAAGACCACACUUGUGCAUGGAGACUUCAGGCUGGACAAUCUUAUCUUCCACCCUGAUAAACCUGAGGUGCUGGCAGUGUUGGACUGGGAGCUGUCCAUGGGAGAUCCCAUCUGUGAUCUAGCAUCCAACUGUAUGGCACACCAUCUCCCAGAGGACUUCCCCCUUUGCAGAGGAAUGAGUAAGUGUGAUUUGAAGGAAUUAGGGAUCCUGUCUGAUUUGGAAUACCUUACCCUUUAUUGUGACAAGAUGGGGAUGAAUCCCAUUGAGAACUGGAAUUUCUAUAUGGCUUUCUCCUUCUUCCGAGUCGCAGCCAUAAUCCAGGGUAUUUAUAAGCGGUCACUUCAAGGACAGGCAACUUCAGAUAAAGCUGAAACCACUGGGGAACUUGCUAAGAAAAUGGCUGACCUGGCAUGGGUGUUUGCUGUAAGGGAGGGAUUCCGAAUCUUCAAUUCAAUUCCUGUUGGAAAUCCAGGUCCUGCAGUAAGAAAGUACUCUACGUGGAACCGGCAGAGGGCAUCGCCAGCACAUUUCUUGUCACCCUCCUUGCUUGAUGUUAACCCCAGCAGACAUUUGGUGUCAGCUGCAAAAGCACAUUUGAUCAUCUCACCAGAGGGACUACCUGUCCGAGUGCAAGAGUUGUACCACAGGCUGACUGAAUUCAUGGAUAAACAUGUCUAUCCCCGGGAGCAGGAGUUUAUGGAACAUCAGAGAGGUGAUAAUCAAUGGACCCCAGAUCCAAGAAUAGAGGAAUUGAAGAAUGAAGCCAAAGCAAGUGGUCUCUGGAACUUGUUUUUACCCCUGGAGACUGAUCCUGAGGCUAAGUAUGGGGCUGGACUGACAAAUCUGGAGUAUGCAUUCUUCUGUGAGGUUAUGGGGAGGUCCCUGUUUGCACCUCAGAUUUUUAAUUGUUCUGCACCGGAUACAGCAAAUAUGGAGAUACUGGUGAAGUAUGGAACUGAAGCACAGAAACAGCAGUGGCUGCUGCCAUUGUUGGAGGGGAAAAUCAGGUCUUGUUUUGCUAUGACUGAGCCACAGGUUGCCUCUUCCGAUGCCACAAACAUUGAAGCCUCAAUUGUUGAGGAGGGCGACUUUUAUAUUCUCAAUGGGCACAAGUGGUGGACAUCGGGUGCAUUGGAUCCUCACUGUAAGCUCUGUGUAUUUAUGGGGAAAACUGAUCCACAAGCUAGUAAACACAAACAGCAGUCCAUAAUUCUGGUGUCAAUGAAUACUCCAGGCAUUAAAGUUAUCCGACCCUUAUCAAUUUUUGGGAUGGACCUCCCUCCAGGUGAGGUGGUCCAAGGUGAACUUGUAUUUGAAAAUGUUCGAGUGCCAAAGGAGAACAUUCUGUUGGGGCCUGGUCGAGGUUUAAUCGCCCAAGGUAGACUCGGGCCAGGAAGGAUACACCACUGUAUGCGACUCAUUGGCUGUGCCGAUCGGGCUUUGGACCUUAUGAAGGAACGGGUAAAGACAAGAAUGGUCUUUGGGAAGUCAUUAGCUGAGCAGGACACUAUCAAGGCAGACAUUGCUAACUCCCGGAUUGAGAUCGAGCAAGCAUGGUUGCUGGUGCUCAAAACUGCCCAUCUGAUGGAUACUGUGGGAAACAAGGAAGCAGCUUCUGCGAUCUCAAUGAUUAAACUGGUAACACCAAAGAUGGCAGUACAAGUUACUGAUCGUGCCAUCCAGGCCUUUGGAGCAGCUGGUUUCAGCGAUAACUACCCAUUAGCUCAGUUUUUUGUCCAGGCACGUGCAUUGCGAAUUGCUGAUGGUCCAGAUGAGGUUCAUAGGAGAUUGGUUGCCAAGCUUGAAUUGAAACAGGGAGGCACCGCAUGGAACCACUGAAUACUGGCACUGAACAGAUCAAUCGCUCACCUGCAUUUUGAACCUAUAAUGUACACAACAGAACAAUCACUAACAUACUCUUUGAGCCUAUAAUGUAUACAAAUGAAAUUACAAUUAUAUCUGUGAUAUUGCUUUGUAGUUAGCAACAAGGCCAAUUGUCUUAGUAUUUUUACAUAAUCCCUCAACAUUUCAUUCUCUCAUCAAGAAUAGAUGAGAACAAUCUGCAAAUAGUUUGUUACCAUUCUUUCAAACAGCUGUUAAGGGGGCCACUUUGUACCAUGGAGUAUAUGGUAUCAAGGGGAUAGUGUGGCACAGCUACUAAAGUGAAAAGCAUGAGCUGGUUAAGUUACAAUUUGCUCAGUUGAUUUGAUGAGUUUGCAGAAUCAUUGGGUGAAUGAUAGUAAGGCCUACUAAUCUUUUUUUCCCUGCUGUGUCCACUGGAAGAUAGUCCAAAAUCAGUGUAGAUUUUUAAAAAGAUUAAAAUUUAUUUCUU